UAAACAAAGCACGUCCGCCAAAAGCAGAGACAGAAGCCACAUCAUGUCAGACUGGUCACCUCUGCGCUGUGUUGGCUGUGGUUUAUAAUGGGCGGACUGGUGUCCAGUGUGUAGCGGUGUGUUACAGACAGGCUCACACAGGUGGACUAGUCAGACAGGUUUGGAGUGGGAGCCCUUUUGUUCAGCUGUUGUGAAGGCGAUGUAGCCAUUUGGAGAGGUAUGAUGAAGACAGUCGCGACUGUAGCGCUUCUACACCUGUGUUUCUGUGCGACAGCGCCAGUUUCGGGUAGUGACUCCACCGAAACGGCGCUGACACCCUCACCGGGCGACAUCGCUCUACUUCCGUGUUACACCGUCGGUAACGUGACACCGACUGUAACCACAUGGAUGAAGAAUGGGAGAGAAGUCAUCAGAGGGGGCGCGUCUUCACCGGACCCCUCACCUGCCGACCAGCGCCUCUCAGUGCUGCAUGAUGGGAGUCUGAACAUUAGGGGGGUGAUACCUGGGGAUGACGGCACCUACCUGUGCAGCUCCAUACUGCCAGGCAACAUCAUCUUUCACGCACGUGUCCUGCUGCAAGUCACCAGUGGUCCAGAAAACGUGUCUGUGUCCGUCAGUCCAGCCACUGCCCUGGCCAACGGGACGCUCACUGUCACUCAGGGUUCAAGUGUCUCCUUUAACUGCUCCGGCUCCUCCUACCCCUCCCAGGAGCUGACCUGGGCCUUCAGCGGAGCUUCUUCCAGCAACAUGUCGCUGGCUUCAACCUCUGGACCCUGGCUUAACUACAGGAUAGAAGACAUCCAGCCCAGCGCUCAGGGCGUUUACACCUGCAGGGCCCACAACCCCGUGUCUCACCAGGCAGUCAAUAAGAGCACACAGCUGCUAGUGUACCAUGCUCCAGACAGACACCCUGAGUGUAUGUGGGCACCAGCGCAGGACCCCUCCCACAUUCACUUCAACUGCACCUGGUUUGGAGCGUAUCCCACCCCGACGCUACGCUGGGGGGAAGACCAGGGUGACCAAGACGCUGGCUGGAAAGGGCACAUUUAUGCCUCGGAGGAGACGGACAGCCUGUCGGUGAUGCUGAACCGCUCGGUGCUGUCCGACGGGGAGACGCUGAGGUGCAUGGCCCAGCACCCGGCGCUCGCUCCAGGAACAGAGAAGUCGUGUUGGUUUCCCCUCAAGCGUCCGUACCCUGAUGGUGAGCCGAUGGCCACGGCUCUGGAGGGGACUGAUAUAACUCUAACCUGCACUGAGGCCGUGUCCAUCCCCCCCGCAAACACCACGUGGAGGAAAGGGCUCCAGCAGGAGGACAUUAUUCCUGGAUCGAAGUACGUCCUGUCUGAAGAAGGCCCCGUCUUCAAGCUGACCAUACUCAACAUCAGCAAGGAUGAUGAAGGCGUCUACUUCUGCCGCAGCGAGAACCCCCUCGCCAUCUGCGUGCUGGAAGUCUACCUCACUGUGAAGACCUCCUCCGCAUACACAGGAGCAAUCAUCGGCAUCUUCAUAGCGGCGCUGAUCGUGGGAUCAGCCGCAGUCGUGGCUAAAACCAUUUACUCCAGCCGACACCGGAUUUGUCUGGGAGAUGGCUUUGGCCAUAUGGAGGAGGACAGAGGAGACGUGCUGAGCCUGGUGGAGUCAGACGACGAGCAGCUCUUUCAAGAUACCGUCCCCCGGCUGCCUCCAGUAACCAACGGACGCCACACAACGCUCGUCCAGAUACAUCGAAUCCCAUCAAGUGAUCAUGAGGAUGUAGAAACGUCUGACACAAGUCCGCAGCAGCAGGAAGAUACUGUACAAACAGAAGAGCCCGCUGAUCUUGUAACAUUUUAGGUUUGGGGUUUGUUUUAGAUUUUAUUUUAGGUAAAUACCAUUUACUCCCAGUGACAAUGUGAACAGAAUCGGUGGAAGACGCAUGUAAAAAUAAAAAAAUCUCUUUUUAAUUUGUCAUUUUGUAAAACAGGGUUUUGAAUUUUUCUAAGCGUAUUUCUAUGGUCGAUUUGUUUGUACAGCUUUUUGAAUAUGUUGCUCUGAUGUCGAGAUUUGUGCAGUAAAUGAAGCUGUUUAAACAAAA